AUGGAUGGAGUUGAAUCCCGGCCGCGGCCUUCAAAAUCCGCCAACAACUCGAAGUCCCACGCAACUAUCCGAGUCAAGACCGGCUGCAGGACCUGCAGGAUCCGGAAAGUAAAGUGUGAUGAAACCCGGCCAGCUUGUCGACGCUGUGUCACCAUAGGCAGGACCUGUGAUGAGUACGGCAUUUGGAGUUCCAGAACCCAAAGUCCAGCCCCAUUCUUGUCGCAACAGGCAUCAUCUAUCUCACUUCGCAACAUCCGCACCUCCGUUUCGGGGCUGUCGGAUGCUGACAAGAGGCUCUACCAGUGGUUUUCACGCCGGACAAUCGCCAAGCUGGCAGGGAUAUUCGACUCCGCCUUCUGGGGCACCAUUGUUCUCCAAACGAGCUCGAGAGAGCCGGCCGUAAUGCAUGCAAUACUGGCACUUGCCUCUGUCCACAAGAACCAAAUGACCGAUGCCGGCUCCGUGCCGUCUCGGAGAGUUUCCUCUUCCUUGGACGUCCAGGAACGCAGCACUCUACAGCAUUACAACAAGUCAAUAGUCCUUCUCCGUGAACGUCUUGCCUUGAACAACACCGUGUCGGCACAAGUGGCUCUGAUUUCUUGCAUUCUCUACAUAUGCCUAGAAUACAUGCGUAAGAGAUUCAAGGCAGGUCAUUCUCAUUUGAACCACGGCUUGAACUUAUUAAGUCACAUCAUACCUGAUCUCAAGUCGGAAGACAUUAUCGGCGAUGCCCGAUGCAACAAGGCAUUAGAUCCCAUGGCUGAAUGCCUUGUUGACACACUCUCACAACUCUGCUAUCAAGCGAGAUCAUUGAAGGGCCCCUUCAACCAGGAAAGGCAGAGUGGUGGACUGCGUCCCUUAGGACAGCUCCCCAACUCUUUCGGGUCACUAAUUGAAGCCCGGAAUCAUCUAGACCAACUCUUAGUCAGGGCUCAGCGGCUACAACGAUGUAGCCUAGCGAGUGCGACAAGCCCCGACGUGUCUCAAGCGUUCGAGAUGCUUGUGAUCCAGUCAUGUCUAAGGAAUGACUUGAUAUCAUGGUCGCGCACGUUCAACUCUCUGAAAGCCAAGAGGUGGACUCAUCUAUCCACCCGAGAGAGUCUGCCUUUUCGCCUCCUACCUGUCUAUCACACAAUGGCACAUAUCAUCACGGAGACAUCUCUUCACCCGGGCGAUGAGCUCGUCUUCGAUAAAUUCAUCUGGCAUUUCGACAUGAUGGCGGAGUCAUCCAAGGAAAUCAUUACCGCGGCAAUACCCACCAUAGCGGCAGAUCUCUCGUCUGGGCACUGUACAACCAAGUUUAGCUUCACUGCCGACAUGGGUCUUAUACCACCACUUUACUACGUUGCCCUGAAAUGUCGCAAACCAAGCACCCGAAGACAAGCUAUCGAGCUCAUCUCUAAUGGCUUGCACCAGGAAGGGAUGUGGGACGCGACUCUUACGGGGGCCGUGGUUUCCGAAGUAAUGAGAAUGGAGGAAGGGGACUUCUUCGAGAAGGUCUCCUUUAGCAACCAGCUCUUGGAGUCCAAAGGCCUCGCUGAAGAACAACCUACUCCACCGACAAUGCCGAAUGAUCGCAGAUUGUUUCAUGUUCGGUUGCAAUUACCAGACGAUUCUCUAGGAGAAUUGGCUUUCUCGGGUACAAUGAGAUGUCCAGACGGUACGCUGAAACCUUUCAAGAAGGUCUACGACACGAAAGCCCGGAAGUGGGCGUUUGCGGGAGUACCUUGGAUGGAGGAAAACAUCUUGAAAUAAUUGUAUGACAAUGAGUAACCAUACAUUGUGCGAAGGCACGUUGUACUAGACCUCUAGAAGCUCUAUGCUUCGAAUAGGAUUGGACUUGGCG